AUGUUAGUGAACAAAAAAUCUUUAGUCAAGAAAAAAGCAAAAGGUGGACGUUCUCGUGAUGAGGUUUGGAUGUGGUUUGUAAAAGGAAAUGAAAAUGAAACAUCUAAAGGAUAUUAUUUCGCAACGUGUUCUUUUUGUGAUCAUUAUUGGGUUACUGCUAAACUGAGUAAACUUAAAACACAUCUUGCUAAAGAAUGUCAAAAAGUUGAUUCAGAUUCUAGAAUUAAAGUUCUAGUAUUAUUAAAAAAUGAUGAUUCAGAUAAUGAUACGGUUUCAACAUCAACUGCAACAA